AUGUCGUCGCGGUUCUUUGGCAAACACCAAAAGACACUUCACAACAGAUCGCACAGCUCCUUCGACUCGCUGCCUCGCCAUGCCGCAUCCCCGCCACGCCCCCCACAGUACAUGGAAGCCGACAAGGCAGUGCCAUCCGUAUCGAAGAGCCCCACCUUUGCAUCCUCCCCGCCCUCGCCAAAGUGCCCUGCGCCAUGCACGCAUACCAUGUCGCACACAAACAGCACCGUGCCGUCCAGCAAGCUUCCUUUCAGCAACAGUGUAACUGGCAACGGAGCAGUGUUGAUAGGCGCGCUUGCAUCUUUCGACUCGGAGGCUCCACGGGGCAGGCCACUCUCCGUUGCUGAAGAUGGUGCCACGAGCGGCAGCAGCAGCGGUCUCUCGCGUGCUGCCGUGCUGAUGAGCGCCCGCGGUGACGCAUCUCCGCCCUUUUCCCCGCAGCCAUCUGGCUCUGUUCUAGCAGUCUUCUGCCCCCUGACUUCAAAGGCGUGGCAGUCGGGCACCAUACGCGACGGCAUCGCAGUCGACGCGGACAUGACGUCUAAAGUUAGCACUAUAUCCCCGCAUACAGGUCUGCAAUCGCCACUCUUCUUUUCGUCGGGUUGGUCGCAGCAGAGCGUCUCGGCGGCGGCACAAGGCACGCCACCCUCCUUCAUGGGUACCCCGGGGCAGUCUCUCAUCAGCGCUGGGGCUGAAGACAACGACGAAGACACGGUGCACAACCGCGGCAUCAUGCACUCCCCCAACCACUCCGUGAGCCUUUUGUCGGCACCCAAGGCUUUCAUGGCGGUCUACUCUGGGCAGUCGCCGAAGCCUUUAGCGAUGAAAUUCAACGGCUCGCCUGUCUUCGAGGUUUCUCUUACGACACCACCCAGCAUCAGGGCGCCGCGGACGGGGGCGGCGAGGGGGGCCGGCGCCACGCCAGCUCCAUCCUCGUGCUUGCCGUCGGAGUCGUUGGAGCAGUAUUCGCUGUUGCGGUCUCCGAUACUUCACCCUUUGACACCGCUGUCCAUGUCACCCAGUGCACCUCUCUCACCGGGGUUCGGCAGCAUUGCGAAGACUGAGCAGACGCAGAGUCGACUCUCGCGCCAUCGCCUAGCAGCUUCAGCCGGGUCCGAGAAGCUUCCUGUGAGAAGGAGCAACGAGAUGCAAUCGCGCGGGGCCGCGGUUGCGUCGCCGCCGCACGCUGCUGUGCCAUCCGUAAACAGUAAUCGUGAAACACUCGAUGAUCAUCUCGUCUCACCCCCGCGGCGCAGCUAUUGCCGCCCACUGCCCAGCCUGAAUGAGGCGUCGCUCUCGUCGUUCUUCGCCGUGCACGAUGCGGGGCUCCACGCUAACCUUCCGAGUGCCCAGGCAAGCGAAGAGGAUGCGGCAGAUCGAGCCACCAGCGCCACUCUUCCCCGCAUCUGUUCGUCCGAAGAGACGGACGCAGAGGAAGGUGUUGCUGCCGCCUUUGCUCAUGAUACCACGGAUGAUCCUUUUGAAGCCUUCUGGGACAUUUCGCCUGCAGCACGGUGGGGCAGCAGCGCCACAGAGAUGCCGCCUCACAUCACGACAUCAUCAGCGCCCUUCGAAACGGGGUCUGCGUUCUGCAGCGUCACUGCCUUCGCGUCAGAGACCCAUGAGAAAGACAACCAUCCAAGCGAAGUGUUGAACCAGAACAACCGCCUCUCCUCUCUCUCCAUGGCGAACCAGCGCAAUACCAUAGUGCAUCGAUUCUCAGCGGCACAUCAGCGCAACUCAGUGAACAGAUCCGCCGAUACUCAGCGUACGGCGAGCAAGGCAACGACGCUGCAGCAACGCCAGCGACGUUUCUCCCUGCAACAGGAGGACACCAUUGAAAUCAAGCGAAGGAGCUACGUGUGA